AUGGCUGGCGGCGGAGGAAGGAAAGGAGAUGCCACCGCUUCGGCUGGUGGCAGGACCAGCAGGGCCAAAGCCAAUGGUGGUGGCGCAGCAAACAGAGACAAGGACAAUGGCGGCUCUCUUCCUGUUCAGCCGCUGGCAAGGCCUAGAAGAUCAGCCACCACUGAAGAGGCUCGCCUUGCGCACAUGCUAGGGGAUGACGCUGGAGAGCUUGCAACAGUGUUGACUGCCAUCACCAAAAAUCCAGCCGCUCUUGCUAAAGCAAAGGCAGCCAUCGCAACUGCAGCUGGUCAAUCUGACAUCAAUCCCAAUGGCAAAAGAAAUAGGCCCCAGAUGACGUCUCUGUUCCAGGACGAUUCGGAGUCGAGCGAUGACGAGUCGGAGAAGGAUGGUGGUGCUGCUGGCGGCACUAGGGGAGCCGGCAAAGAGUCUUCGCCUGAGCUGUCAGGUUCGGAGUACAACGAGAGUGAUGCUGAGAAAGACCCUGCGAGCGACGACGAUAGCGAUGAUGAUCUGGAGGAGGAGGACGUUGCCAAGGAGCUGGGUCCUGAUGGUGGUACAGCUGAUGGCGGCAGUGCUGAGGAAGACCCCCUUGCUGACCUGAUGGCAACGAUUCCAGGGAAAGAAAAACCUCGCAAAAAGAAGAAGAAAGCUGGAAACAGUGGUGCAAUCAUCCCUGUACCACGCGAUAAGGGUGGAAAGCCUCAAGCCAAAAGCUGCCGGAGUACCGCCGGCGAACUGGUGCUGAACGCGGCAUCCACUGGAGCCGGUUUCGACCUCAAUCUUUUGCUCAUGUCACAUCUGAAAAUGCAGCAGGCCCAGGCUGAGCAGCUGGCGCGCAACGACAGGAUGGAGAAGGCAAUGCAUCAGCUUCUCAACUGCUUCAAGAAGUCAAAAUCGGGGUCGAGCCAGCAAAGUUCUGACCCCGCAACGUCCUCUGUGACAGUGACUCAACAGGCUGAAGCGUCCGAGCAACAGCUUGGGCUACUCGAGAGGCUCAAAGCAAACCCCAAGCUCCUCAGCUCCGCCAAGUCCACCACCAAACUCCUGGUUUCCGAUGCUGUCAACCUGAGCCUGCUCACAUCCGGGGUCGCUGACUCCGAGCUCAUGAGGAGCAACACCCAGCUCGCACUCCGAGUAUCACCUGACCCAGAGCAAGAGGAGCUCUUCGAGGAGCUCUACGAAGACCUCAUUCAACCUCACCAAAUGGACAAGUUUCGCAUGAAAAGGGGCCAGCUUGUGUCCAAGAUUCGCGGAGCGGGUGACGCCUAUCGCAAGGCAGGUACGGACGCUUACGGCGACCUCCGCUUCCGGACAGUGCUUGCGAAGGCGUGCAACGUGGACGUCGACAAUCAGCCCGUACCUGAUCAGCUUAUCGCGACGAUCGCUCAGCUUGCAAUGGUCGAGGUUGUGCUGGAGCUACACUUCCGUGGCAUCAAGCGGUUGGAGAAGCAAGAGGCGAAGAUGCUUCGGGUACGAGAAGAGGCUCUAGCAGGAGAGGCUCGAGUUAGCGCUUUUGUACUCGUUGUGGCACCGGAAGACCCUUCCGUUUGUCCGAUGAGGCUUCAGGGCCGUGUAGCAGAGCGUGCAAAGGCACUGGCAGCAGCGGACAGAGCGGAUAGAGAUGGGUCUGGUUCGUCGGAGCAAGCCAACGAGACUGCAGCAAACCCCGAGGCAGUAGUUUAA